ACGCACCAAAAUUGCAACCUGUUUAUUAAUGCAUUCAUCGUUCGUUCUUUCUCUCCACAGGUAAAGUUUUCUUGCUAUUUUUAUCUUGAAAAAGCAUGGAAUAGGAUAAUCGAGACAAAGCAUUUAAGCUCCUAUAACGGUCCCUCCCUAGAACAUGUCACUGCUUCACGCCACACCUUUGAACUAACGAAACCUAUGUUUGUGAGCCCCAAACGCGGCGUUACUUCAUUUCUCCUCUGUACCGCAUGAAACAGAGUCCCCUGUUGCUGUUGGAUUGUUCAUUGCAAUGAGGUAUAUUCGGAGCAACAGCUUGAAGAGGCUCUUUUCCUUGAGAAGACGCGGUUCAAGGGAACAUGUUUUCAGUCCUAACGCCCAAGAAAACUCUCCACGUGAAGAAUCUUCUCCAAGACCCUCUUGGAAAUGCUUCUCCUAUGAAGAGUUGUUUGAUGCAACAAGUGGCUUCAGCUCAGAAAAUUUGGUGGGAAAAGGAGGGUAUGCUGAGGUUUACAAGGGAACAGUGAAUGGUGGUGAGGAAAUUGCAGUGAAGAGGCUCACAAGAACAUCAAGGGAUGAGAGAAAGGAGAAAGAGUUUUUGACAGAGAUUGGAACAAUUGGUCAUGUGAACCAUUCCAACGUGUUGCCUCUUCUGGGGUGUUGUAUUGACAAUGGCCUUUAUCUUGUUUUUGAGCUAUCUACAAGAGGUUCUGUUGCAUCUCUUCUUCAUGAUGAAAAGUUACCUCCUUUAGAUUGGAAAACAAGGCAAAAGAUAGCUAUUGGAACUGCACGUGGCCUUCACUACUUGCACAAGGGUUGCAAGAGGAGGAUAAUCCACCGGGAUAUUAAGGCUUCAAAUAUUCUGUUAACAAAAGAUUUUGAACCACAGAUAUCUGACUUUGGACUAGCAAAGUGGCUUCCAUCUCAAUGGACUCAUCAUUCAAUUGCUCCAAUAGAAGGGACAUUUGGACAUUUGGCCCCAGAGUACUACUUGCAUGGAGUUGUGGAUGAGAAGACAGAUGUAUUUGCCUUUGGUGUGUUGUUGCUAGAAGUUAUCUCUGGGAGAAAACCUGUGGAUGGGUCUCACCAAAGCUUACAUAGCUGGGCGAAGCCAAUUUUGAAUAAGGGUGAGAUACAAGAGUUGGUGGAUCCAAGGCUUGAAGGGGCUUAUGAUGUGACACAGUUAAAGAGAAUUGCAUUUGCUGCCUCUCUUUGCAUUCGGGCAUCUUCAACUUGGCGACCUACCAUGAGUGAGGUAUUAGAGAUAAUGGAGGAGGGAGAAACAGAUAUAGAGAAGUGGAAAAUGCCUGAGGAAGAAGAGGAGCAAGAGGAGGAGUUCUGGGGUUUUGAGGAUCUAGAAUAUGAAUAUGACAGUUCCUUUUCAAUGUCUUUACUUGAUUCCAUUGGAAGCACUUAGGAUCAAGUAACAUUACAUGUCGCUUUUAAUUGCUUUGUUGUUUGUAUAUAUAAUAUAUAAUAUAUAUACACGUUUUAUAUAUAGGUGAAGUUUAAGAGCAGCUUCAUGUGGCUGUGCUACUUCUAUCUAAUCAAAUCUCUAGUAACAUUUUUUUCCCUUUCUUUGUUUUUGUGGAUGAUUGUAAUUGAACUCCAUUAUGUCGGCAACUCCCAGAGGAAAAUGACACAGCAAGGUAGUUUUCGUGAACUGAUCAA